AUGGCCCGGCUGCUUCGGGCAUCCUGCCUGCUCUCCCUGCUCCUGGCGGGCUUCGUCCCGCCGAGCCGGGGACAGGAGAAGUCGAAGACCGACUGUCAUGGUGGCAUGAGCGGUACCAUCUAUGAUUAUGGAGCCCUCACCAUCGAUGGGGAAGAGUAUAUCCCCUUUAAGCAGUAUGCUGGCAAAUACAUCCUGUUUGUCAACGUGGCCAGCUACUGAGGCCUGACAGGCCAAUAUGUUGAACUGAAUGCACUACAGGAAGAGCUUAAACCGCUUGGUCUGGUCGUUCUGGGCUUCCCCAGCAACCAAUUUGGAAAACAGGAACCAGGAGAGAACUCAGAGAUCCUAGCCACCCUCAAGCAUGUCCGCCCAGGUGGAGGCUUUGUCCCCAAUUUCCAGCUCUUUGAGAAAGGGGAUGUGAACGGGGAGAAAGAACAGAAGUUCUACACUUUCCUGAAGAACUCCUGUCCGCCCACCUCAGAGCUCAUGGGCUCACCUGGCCGCCUCUUCUGGGAACCCCUGAAGAUCCAUGACAUCCGCUGGAACUUUGAGAAGUUCCUGGUAGGACCAGACGGUCUCCCCAUCAUGCGCUGGUACCACCGGACCACAGUUAGCACCGUCAAGACACACAUUAUGAACCACAUAAGGCAGCAGGAGGCCCUGGGGGCCAGGAGGAAGUAA